AAUCCAUGCAGACGAAUUUGGAGUUACCAUGGUCAUGGAUAUUAAGAAAUUUUUGUAUUUAGUAAUGCUGUUGGCUGAAUGUGAAGGCGAACACAAGUAUAGUCCUCUGGAAACGAUGAUGGAAACAUAUAAGGGAUGGUCUAAAGGCAUGGGCGUUAAGGAUACGACAACUAAGACUUUUGCGACAGGAGAGGUUAAACUAAUCGGUAAAUCAAAAAUUGUGUCCGUAAAAUGUCACAAUAACCUAAAAAGUGGUCUGGCUUCUACUGCAGCUGAAUGGACUUCUUUUUUCAUUGUAUGGUGGAGUGCCAAGCAUUCUAAACCAUCUGAUGAUUUCAAAAUGAUUGGAGGUGCAGGUUUACUCGAUUAUGAUAAAAUGGGUUUAACUAACAUAAGAUGGCAACCCAGGAGUGAUCUUAUAAAAGAAGUUAAGCCUCAUAUAUUGUGUGCUGCAGAAAAUCAGGGCGGAGAACAUCAGUUAAAAAUGAAACAUAAACGGAACAAUUAUCUACAGAUGUACUUCAUAAUGGAUGAGUGUGACUCUCCUGGCCAGUUUCGAUGUGAGGCUGUAGUAAAGCUCUUCGGAAAAAUAUAUCCCAUCUAUGCUUAUUUUAAUGCAGAUAAAGCUCAGGACGGAGGAGUAAGUUCAAAAUCUCUACUGGUCAGAGACCAGAGGAGCCUAUGCGAUAGUAAAGUGUCCGUUUGGCCUUUUGACAGUUAUAUAGCUGUCCAUCUGUCUGUCUGA